AUGAAGGAGGUGGUGCUUCACGUGUACGACGUGACCAACAGCGACUCCGAGAAGACGAACAACACCAUCCUCCAGAUCAACCGCAUCUUCAAGGACCGCAUCGGCCUCGGCGGCAUCUUCCACAGCGCCGUGCAGGUCUAUGGCGAGGACGAGUGGUCGUUCGGGUUCUGCGAGACCGGCAGCGGCGUGUUCAGUUGCCCCGUGGGGAAGAACCCCAUGUACACCUACCGGGAGCGCAUCGUCCUCGGGGUGACCGAGUGCGGCAUCGCCGCCGUGAACCGGAUCCUGCGGGAGCUCGGCCGCGAGUGGCAGGGGCAGUCGUACGACCUCCUCUCCAGGAAUUGUAACCAUUUCUGCGACGUGCUCUGCGAGAGGCUCGGCGUCCCCAAGCUCCCAGGUUGGGUUAAUCGCUUUGCCAAUGCCGGUGAUACUGCUGUGGUUGUUGCUGAGAGCACAGCAGUUAAGUUCAGGCAGGCUAAAACAGAAAUCGUGAAUGCCAGUAGAGUAGCAUACAGAUUUAUGGCAGGCCUGGCUUCAAAAAAUCAAGCCUCACCCGAGUCCCCGGGUAACAACCAAAACAGAGGCAGCCCUACUUUCCAGGGAGCUUGGUUCAAGAACAUCAUCUCAGCUGGUGCAAAGCCUUCAUCGAGUGAAUCAACCCCUCUCAUUCGCAGGAUGCUGAUGAUGGCACCCCUCUGCGGCGGCAAAGUUCAACAGAAUAUUCAACCCACUUGUAGCUGCUUUCCCAGCAGAUCAACCAACAGUUGA